ACAUGAACAGUCUCGAAUAUUCUGUGCCAACGCAUUAGACAGUCAGCAUACGAAAAAUUUGUAAACAUUUUUAAAUUGAACAAACUAUACAUACAUAUAUCGUCGUGAAAAAAACCAGAGUAGUUUUCGCGGUAUACACUACAAAAAUACAAAGUGCCGCACCGCACGCUGUUUAGCAAAGUCUAGGGCAAAUAUUCGGCCGAAAAUAAUACUUGCCGCGGCAACUGAACUGUGCAUACAUAUUUUUCGUGCAACAUUCGUAGGGCGAGCCUGGUGAGCUUCAAAUUGUGUUGUUCUACGUCGAUCUGGUGACGGAGACGCCAUCGCUGUUGCCGUUGAUUGUCGCCGCGCCUGCGCCUGCGCCUUCUAGCGGGCCGUGAGUCAGGGGUAACGCCUGCCUGCCUGACGUGCAACUGGACGCCAUGCCUCCUAAAAAGAACUCAGGCGCACGGCGCCGUGGUACAACUUUGUCGCUGAACGAAUUCUUGCGCCACGAUGACGAUUCAAAUCCGACAGAUCCGACCUGUGACCCGAAUCCGCCGAUGGCGACUAAUGGAUCCAGUCGCUCUCGUAAUGAUCAGCCAUCCAAUCGGUCUUGCGAUAAUGCCCGUCGAAAUGUCGGAAAGCUUUCACCCUCUGCUGUUGGACCCCAUCGCUCAAAUCCAUUUAAUCCGACCGAUACCAAGCCGCCGAUGGCGACUUAUGGAUCCAAUCGCUCUCGUAAUAGUGCUCAUCAAUAUAACGAUCAGACAUCCAUAGCUGCAGUUGGAUCCAAUCGUUCUGGUAACAAAUCCCGUCGAAAUGGCGACAGGCCAUCCGCUUCUGCAGUUGGAUCCAAUCGUUCUCGUCGGGAGUCAAAUCCACCAAACCCGACAGAUACCAAUCCUCAGAGCCAUCAAUUCGGCGGUCCAGCUGGGUCCAAUGGCUCUGAUAAUAGAACCCUCCAAAAUUACGAGAAUCCAAAAAUACCAAAUACCGCUGAACUUGGAUACAAUCAGCUAUUCCGCCCUGGCGUACAAUCAACUCAGAUAUUUGGUUAUACCAUCGCUGCAAGUCCCGAUCAGCUGCUAAAUUCACCAACACCAGAACCGACAGAUACCGAUCCGCCGAUGGCGGCUAAUGGAGCCAGUUUCUCCAGUAUUAAUACCCCUCAAAAUGACGCUCCUCCAGAGACGUCUGCAGAUGGAAACUCUUAUAUUAAUUGUCAUCAAAAUGAUGACGGGCCAACCACGUAUGCAGCUGCAGCGGCUGCCAACAGACAAGAUUUGACUGGAGCAGCACCCAGCGUCUGGGUAUCCCCUAACAGUCCUCUUUAUCCUUAUCAAGGAGGCGCUCCCAUGGGCACUACAAGCAUCGGGCAGUAUUUUGGUCUGGAAGGCACUCCAGAAAUGUGGAAUCUGGCAGCACCGUUAGCCCUUCAAGCUUCCAAUGUAAACUCAUCCCAGAAUCUGGUGAUGAGGCAGGCUGUUGUGGGCCCAUCCCAGAAUCUGGUGAUGAGGCAGGCUGUUGUGGACCCAUUGAACCUUCCACCUUUCUGUAGACGCAGAGGACAACGUUACCGGCAUGGUCGCGGCAGACGCGGGAAGAAGUUCCCUAAGCAGUUUGAAUUUAUGGUUGAUUCGAUCCCCCAGCUGGAAUCCCACUGGAACGACCAGCAAAAGUCGUAUAGUGGGAAUUUGCCGCCACAAUGCUAUAACGUCGAACAGGAGUCAUAUAACGGGUAUUCGCAGCUGCAAAAAUCUGCAUUAGAGCAGCAAUACAUUGACGAGUCACUGUCAUAUUAUGGUUCCAAUUGUGGAGUCCAGCCACAGUCAUAUAAUGGAGCCGAUUAUGACGCCAUUGCAGUCGCAGAUCAGCAACAAAUUACAACCAUAUAUCACCGUGGGCGCCAGCAGAUAAUCAACAUUCAGAAUCGCAAUGGUCGCAUCGAAUCAGCAGGGUACGGGAAUCAGCAGGUGGCCACGCAACCGAGUGUCCUGACCAGAAGGAUCCAUCCGAGGGAGCAACCUCAGCCACCAGAGCUCUCUCGCUGGGAGGGGACAAAGAUCAGCAUGCGACGCCGUCUCCAGCGCCGUAGACGCAAAGCCACCCGUCAUAUGCCAUCCGUGACUGUGGAAAUUGAGAAUGCUUUGUCAAUGCCGGAACCACCACUGGAAACUCUCUAUUGCAACUGCAAUUUUUCAGACCAAUACUCCAUUUCGCAGACGACCGCGAACUCGGUUUCGUCCCCAAAUCCGGCUAGCUUUCUGGCUGUUCCGUUUGAUCAAUACUAUGGUGAACCGGGAAGGUUCCAUAAAAUGAACGUGCAAAUGCUUAUACCACCUGGUCGGAUCGAUAUUCCAGAGCACAUAUCAACAUCGAUGGUGAUGUAUAAUCCGGAGUCGGGGGCGAUUGCCGCCCGUUUGGACUCGGAGCCGGUGCCGGCCGCCUUGGAGAACAAUAAUUACAAUGUGUCCCAGUCGGUUUUUCGGAUGGCCAGCCUCCCGAGCACGGGGGUGGGAACGAAUCGGGCUGGGGCUGGUUCAACAUGUUGGGCAGGGUGCAGCCUACCAUCGUCCAGAUGUGGCCACGACCGGGAAUGGCGCUUCCUAAGUUCCUGGUGCCAUACACCGAUACGAAGUUCAUUCCAUACUGGCCAAUUCCAGGCGAGACGACCUCCUUUCAGCCAGCACCCGGCUCGGAGUCUGCUGCAGAUCCAAAUCAACGCUAUUACGCAAAGCCCGGUACCGGAUUCUACAAGCCUCUGUCGUCAGAAGGGAUUGAUGAAUACCCCAUACCGAUCUCUCAUACACGAGAACGAGAAGUUUCCGUUGACCCGAGGGUCAUCUCCACCGAUUUGGAAUUCAUUUGCCAGGCUCUCGAAAUUACUCCAAGUCCAAGGGCGGAAGCAGGAGUUGGUUAUCCAGAUGUCAUUCCUGCGGUGCUCAAUUCACAGCUCAAUUCAAACGUUCCAGAAUACGUUCCACGGCGGCUUCUCGCAGGAUCCCAAGGCCAGCCUCAAGCUGGUCGCUAUGGAUCUGGAGGAUACCAAAACGACCAAUCAAGAGCAGGUCAAGGUCAAGGACAUAUCCCUCGUCGACGUCAAAGAAAAAAAAGGCGCUCUGCGCAUCACAACUAAGUCAUUCCCAAUUUUGUCAACUGAUGCUCAAGGACCAUUGCCCACCGGCCCGACCUCGACAGUGCCAACAUAUACCCAAUACUCUUACUCUUACUCUUACUCUCGCUUAAUCGAUUAUCUCGGCGUUGCUGCACCAGCGGACAGAAGCCUGAUCUCACACAUGUCUACGCAGAAACAUUCGCGCUAAUCAGUUCGCCGAGUCAUUUGCCAUGCGUCUGGAAGUAUUUUAAUAUGACUUUACUCUUUCUACAAUAACAAUCACAAUCACUAUCACAAUUCAAACUAAAAUCAUUCAAUUGUUAAAAUUGUAUAUGCACAGGCAUAUCUCUUGAGUUCACCCACGAAUUGUUACACACGCUUACUACCUCUAUUUCUGCGUUAUAUAAAUACGCUUGUUAUAUUAAUCAAUAAAGAAAGGGUUUCGAACUGA